AUGCGACGCGCGGUGUCACUCGGGCGCGCUGCACUCACCUGGAGCAGGCGGUGCGCGCACGUGCCGCGGCGGCGCGGCCGGCACAGUGCCGCGGCGGCGGGCGCGCCGGCAUGCGGCGCUAGCGCGAGCAUGCGGCUGCCCCUACUGCCGCUCCUUGUGCUGCCGCUCGUGCUCGCGCGCCCGGCAGCAGCCGGGAUCUGCUGGUCGGGGAUGGAGCGCGGCGGGCGCUGCAGUUCAGUGGCAGCGCUGCGCGUGGGCCGCGCGGAGUGCUGUGCUGGCGCCGACCGCUCGCCCGCCGCCUGGAGCCCGCGCGACCUCGACAGCGGCGAGAUAUUCUUCUACAAAGCGCUCUCUGGAGGCGUGCCUUGCACAGCUUGUGAUGAGUCCUGUGCCGGCGUUUCAUGCGGUGGUGGCAGAAGAUGUGUGUUGCGCAGCGGGCGGGCGCGUUGCGUGUGCGCGGCCGCGUGCCGUCGGGCCGGGCCCGUCUGCGGGACGGACGGUCGCACGUACCGCUCACUGUGCCGCCUCCGACGACGCGCUUGCCGUCGCCCUGCCAAACACUUGGCCCUUGACUACCCCGGACCCUGCCAAGUGGGAAGCUGUGAAGGAGUCCGUUGUGGCGGCGAUAAGCGGUGCGUGCUCGACGCCGAGCUGGGUGCUCACUGUGUCAAGUGUGGUGUGUGUAGCGUUGCGGGCGCGCCUGUUUGUGCAGUAGAUGGACGCACGUACGCUGGAGCUUGCGCGUUACGGCGAGCCGCCUGCGAGCGUGGUAAAGCAUUACCGCUCGCUUACAGAGGAUCUUGUAUUGCUAACGCAACAUGCGCAUCAGUGACUUGCGGCGCCGGCCAGCGCUGUGUUGCUGGGGGCGCUAGUGGCGCGCGAUGCGUAUCUUGCGGUUCUUGUGGGGGCGGGGCCCGGCGCGUGCUGUGUGGAACUGACGCCCGUACUUACUCCUCUUGGUGUCGUCUACAACGUGCUGCCUGCCAUGCCGGCAGAGUUGUCGACACUUUGCACCGUGGUCCUUGCAAAGGAAACAGAACCAUAACAGACAACAGUGUGACUGAUGAGAGAAACGGAGAAGACGUAGAAGCUGCGUGA